CGCGGGGGCGCUCCCGCCCUUUCGGCUUGAGCGGCAGCAGCGUUUCCCUCCCGGCGGCUCCGGCGCGGCGCGAACAUGGCGGACCAGGCCAUCUCCUUCCUCAAGGACUUUCUGGCGGGCGGCGUCGCCGCUGCCAUCAGCAAGACCGCGGUGGCCCCCAUCGAGCGGGUCAAGCUCUUGCUUCAGGUGCAACAUGCGAGUAAACAGAUUGCUGCUGAUAAGCAGUACAAGGGUAUCAUCGAUUGUGUAGUGCGUAUUCCAAAGGAACAAGGAGUGCUGUCUUUCUGGAGAGGAAACCUGGCAAAUGUCAUCAGAUACUUCCCAACUCAAGCUCUUAAUUUUGCCUUCAAGGAUAAGUAUAAGCAGGUGUUUUUGGGAGGUGUAGACAAGCACACUCAGUUCUGGAGGUAUUUUGCUGGUAACCUGGCAUCUGGUGGUGCAGCUGGAGCCACUUCCCUCUGCUUUGUCUAUCCCUUGGAUUUUGCAAGAACCCGUUUGGCUGCUGAUGUUGGAAAAGCUGGCGCAGACAGAGAAUUCUCUGGUCUUGGGGACUGUCUAGUCAAAAUCACCAAGUCUGAUGGUGUGCGUGGCUUGUACCAAGGGUUCAAUGUCUCUGUCCAAGGCAUCAUCAUCUAUAGAGCUGCCUACUUUGGGAUCUAUGAUACAGCAAAAGGCAUGCUCCCAGAUCCCAGGAAUACUCACAUUGUUAUCAGUUGGAUGAUUGCCCAGACAGUGACUGCUGUGGCUGGCGUGGUUUCCUAUCCUUUUGAUACGGUGCGGCGUAGAAUGAUGAUGCAGUCAGGACGCAAAGGAGCUGAUAUCAUGUACUCUGGAACAAUUGACUGCUGGCGGAAGAUUGCAAGGGAUGAAGGAGGAAAGGCUUUCUUCAAGGGUGCAUGGUCUAAUGUCCUCAGAGGCAUGGGGGGUGCUUUCGUGCUUGUGCUGUACGAUGAAUUCAAGAAAGUAAUUUAAAAAACCUAAAUAGAAUUGGAAAUCAAGUUGAGCAGAUCAUGUAGAAUAACUACCAUUAUGGACCAUUGACCUUCAAGAAAUUCCUGUGAGUCUUAUUUAUCGGAGCCAGAUGAUACUUUUAGAUGGGGCUAGAAACUGACAUAGAGGACUGAUCCACUUCUGUAACAUGCAUGAAGACACUGAAUCUGGCAAUUCAGUGUGGCAAUUUUUCUUUACAGCAGUAAGGAAUGAGUGUUGUUGUUUCUGGGUCCAAAGUUGUUAGGUCCAAUUUAGGCAGAAAAACAUCAUUUGCCUAUGGAUCAGUCUCCAGUUUCAAGUCCUAUCUUCUAGGACCAUAAAAUUGUAUUUGAAAGCAUUUGCUAACAAAUCAUGUUCUUUUCCACUUGUACUGAAGCACUAUGUACCAUUUUGCACAGCUGAACAUCUAGCAAUUUUGUUCUUAAAUUGGGGCAUUCUGCUGUAAAACAAUAAACAUACUUACUCGG